AUAUAUCUUCAGAAAAUGAAUGUGGAGAAUCAGACAAAGAUCACUGAGAUAAUAUUAUUGGGAUUCCAUCAACAACAAAGUUUGAGGACUAUUUUCUUCUCCGUAAUUCUAAUUGUUUAUUGUUUGACAAUAUCUGGAAAUAUUAUCAUCAUGGUACUUGUGUCAUCUAGAAGACAUCUCCAUGUUCCAAUGUACUUCUUUCUUUCACAAAUUUCUGCCUCAGACGUUUUGUUGUCUACAAGUAUAGUACCUAAAAUGCUUUCUGUUGUCAUCCAUGAAGGCGCUAUUAUAUCUUUUGCAGCAUGUAUUACUCAGUUUUUUUUAUUUUGUGUCUUUGAAGUAUCAGAGUGCUUCAUUUUAACGGCAAUGUCUUAUGACAGAUAUUUGGCCAUUUGUGCCCCCCUGCAAUAUAACUCAAUAAUGCACCAUGGGCUUUGCAUUCAAUUAAUUGUUGUAUCCUGGCUCUUAGCUUUCUCUCUAUCAUUUAUUACUCCAGUAACAAUAUCUCAGAUGUCAUUUUGUGGAGCUAAUUUCAUUGACUAUUUCUUCUGUGAUUUUGCUCCAUUGUUGAAUCUUUCUUGUUCAGAUACCAACAUUGUACAAAUUGAAGCUUUCCUGUUAUGUGUUCCCGUAUUAAUUAUUCCAUUUUUAAUUGUGUUGCUAUCAUAUGUGUAUAUUGUCCUUGCCAUAGUAAGAAUUUCUUCCACUACUGGAAGACAAAAAGCCUUCUCCACCUGCAGCUCCCACCUGACUGUUGUUUCCAUAUACUACGGAACUCUCCUAAGCAUUUAUGCUGUUCCACCUAACGGAAAAUCUCUGUCUGUAAGCAAAGUCCUGUCUUUAUUUUAUACUGUGUUCACUCCAAUGCUUAACCCAAUAAUAUACAGUCUGAGGAAUAAAGAUAUCAAAGACGCUCUAAGCAAAUUAGUCAAUGGUAUUUACAGAGCAAAUGCUUGUAAAAGGAUUAUCUAA